AUUUUCGAUCAAGAUUUCUUAAGGGAAGAUUUCGACCGCUGAAGUUUUCGUUCUGCGAUUCGAUCUAAUCUCUACGAAGAGGCGUCAACGAGGAGGAGGAGAGGGAUCGCGCGAUGACGACGGCGGCUCGGCCGACAUGGGCGCCGGCCAAGGGCGGCAACGAGCAGGGCGGCACCCGGAUCUUCGGGCCCUCGCAGAAGUACUCCUCCAGGGACCUUGCCUCCCACACCACCCUCAAACCCAGGAAGGAGGGGCAGGAUACCCAGGAGGAAUUGCAUAAGAGGAAUAUCAGGGACGAGUUGGAAGAGCGUGAGCGCAGACACUUUGUCACGAAGGAUAAGUCCUAUGCUGAGGACAGAGAUCGAAGAAAAGGGUCAAGUACAGGUCAACUUCUUUUGGAAGGGUCAAAGAGGGAAGCUGAAGACAGGAUUGUUCCACGGAAUAUAGAUGCUGAUGACUCUGAUGUGGAAGUAAAAAGUGAUGAUGAGAGUGAUGAUGAUGAUGAUGACACCGAGGCUCUAUUGGCAGAGCUUGAAAGGAUUAAAAAAGAGCGAGCUGAGGAGAAACUUCGGAAGGAGCGUCAAGAACAAGAAGAAGAGCUUAAGGCCAAAGAGGCUGAGCUGAUGCGCGGCAACCCAUUGAUAAAUCUUAAUAAUUCAACUUCCUUCAACGUUAAAAGAAGAUGGGAUGAUGAUGUUGUCUUCAAGAAUCAGGCUCGUGGUGAAACGAAGGCUCCCAAACGAUUUAUCAAUGAUACCAUCAGAAAUGAUUUCCAUCGAAAAUUUCUGCAGAAGUACAUGAAAUAGUUUUAUGUUCAUGGGCGAUGGGCCUUUCUUUCUAUGCAGAAGUCUUUGUUCCUUGGUUUGGUCAAGACUUAUGUAAUAUGGAAAAAACCAGAUUAUCUUCUUUUCGUGUGGUAGCAAGUUGCACUAUGCUGCAUUCCUGUAAUACAAUUAUUCUCAAAUAGGACUUCCAUGAUGUCAAGAAUGAUUGAUCUGUGGCUUCAUGAAAGCACUUGUCCUAUUUCUUUUG